AUGCGACCCGACCCGGCCUUACAACCGGCUGGUCGGGUCGGGUUGAGUUCACCUAACUAUCCCUCUAGUGCGGGAGACAUCGUGCCGUGGCGCCGGAACAGAGAAACCGUGCAACCAAGUGGGCCCGGAUCGACCAUGUCUCAGCGCAGAUCGGCCAUGUCUCAGCGCGGAUCGGCCAUGUCUCAGCGCGGAUCGGCCAUGUCUCAGCGCGGAUCGGCCAUGUCUCAGCGCGGAUUGGCCAUGUCUCAGCGCGGAUCGGCCAUGUCUCAGCGCGGAUUGGCCAUGUCUCAGCGCGGAUUGGCCAUGUCUCAGCGUGGAUCGGCCAUGUCUCAGCACGGAUCGGCCAUGUCUCAGCGCGGAUCAGCCAUGUCUCAGCGCGGAUCGGCCAUGUCUCAGCGCGGAUCGGCCAUGUCUCAGCGCGGAUUGGCCAUGUCUCAGCGCGGAUUGGCAAUGUCUCAGCGCGGAUCGGCCAUGUCUCAGCGUGGAUCGGCCAUGUCUCAGCGCGGAUCGGCCAUGUCUCAGCGCGGAUCGGCCAUGUCUCAGCGCGGGUCGGCCAUGUCUCAGCGCGGAUCGGCCAUGUCUCAGCGCGGAUUGGCCAUGUCUCAGCGCGGAUUGGCCAUGUCUCAGCGCAGAUUGGCCAUGUCUCAGCGCGGAUCGGCCAUAUCUCAGCGCGGAUCGGCCAUGUCUCAGCGCGGAUCAGCCAUGUCUCAGCGCGGAUUGGCCAUGUCUCAGCGCGGAUUGGCCAUGUCUUAG